GGCACAAGCUAGACCGCACAAGGCCUGAACAUUGUCUACGUACACUCAAAGCUAAAGUCUGCGAAGAAAGUAGCACUGUAGGUACUAGGUACGCCUACAAUGAAAUGUCAAAUUGCUGUGUGUUUGUUAGCGUCUGUCGUCUGUGUGUCUUACGCAGAUACUGCAAAACAGCAAGUAGCCAAAGCAAGAAUAGAAAGCUGUAAGGGAUGUCGUCUGAACAGACUACCAGAUGUCAAAAAGUUCAUCUUUGAAGAUGUUCCGCUGUACGAAGAUGUGACUUUCAAAUCGGUGCCGGGGGCAUCGCCGGAGCUUAUAUUACUAAACAAAUUUGAUCAGGAAUUGGAAAGGAUUGACCUGGCACCAUUGUCUCGAAAGGAUUGCAACACCUUACUUGUGGACCGAGGAUUUCAUAAAAAAAGUGAAGCAGAAACAGUGAACCGAAAUGAAUUUUGACGAUGGUGGUGGUUUGUCUUUUGCAUGAAGUCCUUCCAGUUCCAGUAUCUGAAGGAAAAAGGGAAAAAAACUUUCCCAUUUGGUUUCAUUAAAUUACUUCAAUCACUGUAAAUAAUGUUGAAUAUUGGUAUAAAAUCUGUUUACUUUAUUGAAAACAGUAUUUGUUUCACUGGGUUAAUCAGUUUGUGCUUAAGGCUCUGAAGGAGCUUCUGUCUUGCGUGGCUUAAGACUUAAGGCUUUUAAAUAUACAGAAACCAUAAUAAACAAAGGUCCAAAAAAAGUGCAUAUCACUGUAAAUCAAGUAAUCCAGACAUUAGACUAUAGCUUUUUUUCUUGUUUCAAAUCUUUCCAUCUGUUCCCUUCAUAUCCACUCAUUUUUCUUAUUGAAAAAUAUAGUUUAUAAAUGAAAGUAUGUUCACUUUUAUCAGUUUUGACUUGAUGCCAUUUCCAAAUUGAAAGUAAAUUCAUUUGAUUACAGUCUUAGUGAAUUUAUUUGAUUACAGUCUUAGUGACAUGGUUGCUGAAGUGGAACUUGUGUCUGUGUCAGUAAAAUUAAUGCAAAUUUUAAAUACCGAAGAAGAAUUUCAUAAAAUGAUACGUGAAUGCAGGUUGAUAAACUGUAUAUGCUUCCAUAUAAAGUAGAUGUUUGUAACAAGUAAUUAGUGAUUGUCAGCUGUAGUUUGUGACAUAUCGUCCAUGAUGCAAUUGGUCAGUGUCAUAGUGUAGUUUACUCAGUCUCCUAUUAGUAUUGUGAUAUCUUGUUAUAGUUAAUGUGCUGCAUGUAUUCAUCCAGAAUGUGUAAACCAAUUACUUACAGAAACACAAUUGUCAUGGUUGCCUUUAUUCAAACAGUUUCUCAUUGAAGCUAAGUUGAAAAAUAAUGUUUUAUGUAAUAAAUUAAUCGAGGAUACUCUUGUAGAAAUGGAAACACUGCACAAAUGAUGAAUUUAGCUACAUUUUUAGUUCAAAAACAUUAUGCGGCUCCUUCAUCACACCUUUUCCAAAAACUGUUAGAAAUGUUUCCCAAGUUGCACUAAAGUCCAUGUGUUUAAGCUGUAGUCAGGAUUUUAGAUAGUGUUGAAAGUAAGCUUAUUGCCAAUAUCAUGUAGUUGUUAUAAAAGAGUCCGGAAACUAAUUUUUAGCACUUUAUAACGGUUUGUCAUUUCAGCCACUGUGUCACUGUCAUAAUCUUGUUUUGGCAUUGCCACAUUUUGCCAAUCAGUGUAAAGUCUUUCUGGAAGUUGUAUGUAUACAAUGAUGUGCAUUUUUCUUUUUGUAAAUCACAUAAAUGUUAGUUCAUACAGUGUCUAUAAUAAGGUACCCUAAGCACGUUGUGUUUUGGUAAUGGUUUAUUUUGUAAUUAUCAAUGGAAAGCAACCACAUUUGCUCCUCCAUUAAAGCUGCAAGCUGUGAUACAAACCAUGUACAAUAAUGUAGCUGCAUCAGAUCUGGUGCAGACUUUUGCCUUUCUCAUCUGUGCAUGUGGCAUAAACAAGCUUCUUUCAUGUGUAGUGUUUAUCAUAUACUGUACUGGUGAAUUGUAUUGUCACAAUAUCUGUGUGCAAUUUUUACACACAGUUUUCAUAUUUACACAACGAUAGUCGACCACUGCCCAUUAAAAACUCAUUUUGAAACAGUGCUCCUGAAACUAAAAAUAACUUUAGAACAAGAAAGAACGCACAAACUUGUAACAUAGUAUUUCUCUUUACUGUAUUGUGAUAGGGUAUACAAAAUAUCUUGGUGUUUUGUUGUGCCUAUAGUAUCAAAUUCGUCUUUUUCAGGUAAAUGUACUUAUAGACAUUCCAGUUUUAGGAAUAUUUUGUAAAUAGUCUGUUACAGGCCUAUCUUCAUGUUAUUGCCUAAUUUCCAACCAGUCACAAUAAAAAUGCAGAAAUAUAACAUU